AUGAAAGCUGCCAGGAUUCUAAUGAUGACAUCGAAAACUUACCAUGAUGCAAUUACAAAAUUAAAUACGUUGCAAUCAAAUGCUGCCACAAUUCUGGCAACCAGACAAUCCGGUAACACCAAGAAUAAGAUGAAUAUCUUGGAAAUGAAAGAAUGGGUUAGAAGAAUUGGUUAUUCCAUCUCUGAUAUCGAUAAAUUAAAUAUUAUUCAUAUCACAGGUACUAAAGGUAAAGGUUCUACCGCUGCAUUCACAUCUUCUAUUUUGAAUGAAUAUAAAGACAGUAUAGGGAAAAUUGGAUUAUAUACCUCCCCUCAUUUAAAAUCUGUAAGGGAAAGAAUUAGAAUUAAUGGCAUUCCUAUCUCUGAAGAAAAAUUUACAAAAUAUUUCUUUGAAGUUUGGGAUAAAUUGGAGAAUACUUCUUCUUCUUUAGCCGAUUUCCCUCAUAUGACUUCCGGCGCAAAACCUGCUUAUUUUAAAUAUUUAACUUUGCUUUCAUUCCAUAUCUUCUUGAAAGAGAGUUGUAAUAGUUGUGUUUAUGAAGUCGGUGUAGGUGGUGAAUUCGAUAGCACCAAUGUUGUAGAAAAUCCUGUCACUUGCGGUGUCUCGUUGCUGGGUAUUGACCAUACAUUCAUGUUGGGAAACACAAUUGAAGAGAUCGCAUGGAAUAAAAGUGGUAUCUUUAAAAAGGGAGCUCCUGCAUACACAGUCUCUAACCAACCAACCAACGGAUUAAAAGUUUUAAGGGAAAGAGCCAUUGAACGUGAAACAAAUCUAGUAGAAAUCUCACCGUUCAAACAACUCAAAGAGGUAAAACUUGGUAUCGACGGUAAAUUUCAAAUUUCAAAUGCAUCCUUAGCUGUUACACUUGCAUCACAGUUUUUAUACACUAAAAAUAUCUCAACUAUUGAUCCAAUCACUGAUGACUCCAGUAUCAUACCGGAAAAAAUUGUAAAUGGACUAAUUAACACUAAAUGGGAAGGUCGAUGCCAAACUCUUAAAAAGGGAAACUUAACCUGGUACUUAGAUGGUGCUCAUACCAAGGACAGUAUUGUAGCAGCCUCAGGAUGGUUCAAAGAUAUUACAGAAAAUUCUAAAUGUAAAAAUAUAUUACUUUUCAAUCAGCAAACAAGAGACGCCAAGGCCCUGAUAAACGAUGUCCAUAAAGUUUUAUAUCCAAAUGUAACAUUUGAUGAAGUUAUAUUCACAACCAAUGUUACUUGGAGUAACUCAGGAUACAGUGCUGAUCUAGUCUCCAUUAAUACAUCCAAAGAUGAAGUAGAAAGUCUACAUGUUCAGAAAGCUUUGAAAGAAGAAUGGCAUAGCUUUGAUAAAAACGCAAACAUCUCUGUUAUUCAUGACAUCGAGAGUUCUUGUAAAUAUAUUGAAUCGAUUUCGAAAGCUCAAAAUGUCAAUAUUUUUGUUACUGGUUCCCUUCAUCUAAUUGGAGGUUUGCUGACAGUUUUCGAUGGUAAAUAA